CCCUAACCGCAAUUUCUUCAAGGCGGAAUACGGGAUGGGAUGGAAGUUUACAAAAAUCAACGACAUCCAUUUCUCCUUGAUUUUUUUGUGAAAUUUACCUUUCGAGGGACUCAAGUGGUGGCCUAAGGACCAGCGGCGGGCUUCCACGUUCAAAAUGAGCUGGCUUUCUAUUUUUGCAGGUGAAAGGGACCCUAAUAAACGUAAAGUCAAACCAGUUGAACAACCACUGUUUGAUUUAGAUUUAGAGAGCUCUGAUGACAGUGAUUUUAACCCUGAAGAACACAAAGAUGGUUCAGAUGACUCUUUAGAUUCCAAUGAUGAAGGGAGCAAACAAGGUAGUGGAAGUGAUGAUAGUGAUGGAGACGAUGAAGAUGAUGAUGAUAGUGAGGAUGAUAGUGAUGUGGAUGAAGGGGAAAAUUCCAAGUCUUCUGUCAUAACAGCUGAGGAACUGCAGCAACGAAUAAAUUCUGGAGAUGGACUAAACUCUGAAAUCAUCAAAAAGGUCAAGAAGAAAAUACAAAAGCGUUGUUGGGGUUGUCUUGGUGACAGCAAUGAUGACUUUGAUGAAUUAGUUGAGUGUGACAGUUGUGGAGUUACUGUUCAUGAAAAGUGUUAUGGUAUGUCUGAUAGUGACAGCCUGGCUAGUGUAGAUUCCUCCAACCCUGAUUUACCAUGGUUCUGUGAUGCAUGUCGAGCUGGAGUUAAGGACCCUCCUUGUGAGCUAUGUCCAAACUCAGGUGGCAUUUUCAAAGAAACAGAUGUAGGGCGGUGGGUGCACCUAGUGUGUGCUUUAUAUAUCCCUGGUCUGUUCCCAUCUGAUGGUGAAAAGCUUUCUUUGUUCAAAAUGCCUUAUGCUAAGUAUGGAGCCAAGCUGUGUACUUUGUGUGAAGAUGAGCGUCUCGCAAGGACUGGUGUUUGUAUUGAGUGUGACGCUGGCAUGUGUCGCACUUAUUUCCAUGCCUCAUGUGCUCAGAAAAUGGGGCUACUCCAAGAGGCACAUCCAGAAGAAACUGAAACUGUAGAUAAGUUUUAUGCCCAUUGCAAACUUCACUCUGAUAAAACUCAAAUUAAACGUCGACGUCAAAAUUUCAUUCUUUUGCAAGAGCGUUUGAAAGAGAGAAAUCAGGAACAAGAAAGCAAGGACAAAAACGAAUUGGAAAGAAUUCAAAGAAAAUUCCGGAAAGCUUGUAGUCACUUUCUAGAUCAUCGCACUGCUGUUUCCAAUGCCUUCAUUCCACCAUCCCAAAAAAUGCCUCGCGCAUUGAUAACAUCUGCAACCGCUUGCCGUUUGUUAUGGCGCAAAGGUGAGCUUGCUGGGUUAAAUACUCAAGCCAUGGAAAUUCAGGAGACACAGAUAGCAUCUUUAAAAGAUGUUAACCGUAAAUGGCAUAUACCAGCAUCUUUUAGUGUUGAAUUUAUUGCCUACUUUCUGGAUCGAGUUGGAAGGAUUACAAAAAUGAAGAAGCAACUGCAAGAUUUUGUUGAAGAUAAUGCGCGUCUUCUCAAUGAACAGAAAGCUAGUGGAGAAAAAUAUGAACAGUUGAUCAAUGUAAAGUCCAUUGAAGAUGAAAAGAACAAAGCUUUGAAAGCAAAGAUUAAAAUGCUCCAUGGGAUUAUUCAAACAAUUUGUCCUAAAAAGAAUAUACCUGCCAUAGAGUCUAUUGGCAAACCUCAUUCCACCAUGAAUCAUUUUCCCCAAGGUGUCCCAACUGCUGCAGCCUUAAAAGCAUUUCCUAUGCCUGGAGAACAAGGGCCCCCCUCCGCCCUUACCAUAACAGCAAAUUCAAAGGCUGUUAAUGUCUCAGGAGGAGCUGAAAUAUCUACUGGGUCUGGUGUUUCCAGUUCCUCAACACCUGCUGCAGUAUUGGGGCCUUGUGGAAAAUGCCAUCAGAGCAAUGAUCCUCAUCUCUUAGCUCAUUGUGAUAAUUGCAAACAGUAUUAUCAUUUAGGUUGUCUAAAUCCACCUCUCACAAGAAUGCCCAAGAAGACAAAGCUAUUUGGAUGGCAAUGCUCUGAAUGUGAUAAAGAGUCGUCAGGAUCUGAUGUCCCUUGCUUGGAUCCUGAAGCCCCAAGGAAGUUAAGGCGGAAGUCUGAUAAAAGUUCUUUGCCGCUGUCAGUCAAAUCUGAUGGUGAAGCUUCUAUUAUUGACACUACUCUAAACUCAUCUAGUGCAUCUAUUGGUGUAAUCGACAGGGGCAAUGAUGCUGAUGUAGAAACUGCUGUGGGAAGUAACAGUGAUGGUAAAGUAAAGGCAGCAAAGAAGAGGAGGAAAGAAAAACGUCAUUCACCUGAACUUGGUCCAGAUGGUAUCAGUGUUGAACGUAAGAGAAAAAGAAAGAAGAAAAGCUUUGAUCAUGAAAAUUGGCAAGUAGAAGGUACACCUCCUCAUCCUCAGCCUCAUGUUCCCAAAAUAAAGAUUAAAACUAUAACCCCGAGUGGUGAAGGACAAACUGUGCAGACUUACGUUGCAUCAGCUAUGACAAGUGAUGAUGAUGUGUACCAUCCCAUUCCGGCAGUAUCGGGGGUUCAGUUGCUUCCACCUAUACAAAGUGUUUCUCAGUUUGAACCUGUUAACAACUCAGUAACAAGUGCUGUGACUGGCACCAUUCCAAAUCCCACAAAUAGUCGCCCCCAGAGACAGUCAGGAGGGAAAAAAACUAAAGUCGAAGACCUUUUGACUCAAUGUGAUCAGUGCCAAGGUCCUGGUUCAAAAGAAAAUCUUGUAAGAUGUGAUGAAUGUCAAAAAUGCUAUCAUUUUCAUUGCCUUGACCCUCCUGUGAAAAAGUCCCCAAAGAUUCGAGGGUAUUCGUGGCAUUGUGCAGACUGUGAUCCCUCCGAUUCAUCUACUUCAUCCAAGAAGUAAACAUUCACUAAGGCAAUUGCUGCACUUGUGAUUAAUCUUUGGUUCAAAAUACUUCUUUUCCCUCAGAGAAGCAAGGAGACUUGGAAGUAUUUUGAGAAAGUAGUUCUCUUUUACUUUUUGAUAAGAUUCCAACAUAGCUAUGAAUUUUGUCGUUGAAUAUUUCUUGAUUUUUUACCAGCUGGUAAACAUGUCUGCUGAAAUUGUUCGUAGAAUAAUUUCUCAGGUUUUAUUUAAUGGAUUGUGAAACUUUGGUACUUUCUAUCUCUGGUCAAUCCUUUUAUAACAUAUCCCUGAUAUGUUUUUAUUGGUAUUUUAUAUGACUUCUGAGUAAAUGAGGUGUAAGUUAUUUACAUUGUGAAGAUCAUCAACUGAAAGUCCUCCCUUUGGUUUGAUGUUCCUAUAAGAUGAAUUGUGUGUAUUGUAAUGCUUGGAUUUUGAUCUGUAAAUAAUUGAUGUGAGGGCCACCUCUUCUACUUUCUCCUUAAUUUAUAUGGAAAUGAAUGAAAUUGUUUGUUACUGGAAAGUAAUAAAUGUCUCUUGAAAAAGUACAA